CAGAAGAAAAUGGCAGAAGGAAAUCAUUCCCUUGUGACAGAGUUCAUCCUGGCUGGAUUAACAGACAAACCAGAGCUCCAGCUGCCCCUCUUCCUCCUCUUCCUAGGAAUCUAUGUGUUCACAGUGGUGGGGAACCUGGGCAUGAUCACACUUAUUGGGCUCAGCUCUCACCUGCACACCCCCAUGUACUAUCUCCUCAGCAGUCUCUCCUUCAUUGACCUCUGUCAAUCCACUGUGAUCACCCCCAAAAUGCUGGUGAACUUUGUGACAGAGAAAAACACCAUCUCCAAUGCUGAAUGCAUGACUCAGCUCUACUUCUUCAUUGUUUUUGCAAUUGCAGAGUGUCACAUGUUGGCUGCAAUGGCAUAUGACCGCUAUGUUGCCAUCUGUAAUCCCUUACUGUACAAUGUUACCAUGUCUAAUCAAGUGUGUUUUUGGUUGGUAUUUGGGGUGUAUAGCAUGAGCUUGAUUGGUUCCACAGCCCACACAGCCUGCAUGCUAAGAGUGCUCUUCUGUAAAACCAUAAUAAACCAUUACCUCUGUGAUCUUUUCCCACUAUUGGAGCUCUCCUGCUCCAGUACAUUUAUAAAUGAGGUAGUUGUUCUGUGCUUAAGUGCAUUUAAUAUCUUUGCCCCAGCCCUGUCUAUCUUUAGUUCCUAUAUCUUUAUCAUUGCAAGCAUCCUGCGUAUACCCUCGACUGAGGGCAGAGCCAAAGCCUUCAGCACAUGCAGCUCCCACAUUUUGGCUGUUGCUCUUUUCUUUGGUUCUCUAGCAUUUAUAUACCUGAAGCCAUCAUCUGUCAGCUCCCUGGACCAAGGGAAAGUAUCAUCUGUAAUUUACACCAUUAUUGUGCCCAUGUUGAACCCUCUAAUCUAUAGCCUGAGAAAUAAAGAUGUCAAAGUUGCUUUAAAUAAGCUGCUUGACAGAUAUAGUUUCCUGUGGAAAAGAGUAUUUUGCUUAGAAAAAUGA